AUGGUCUCCAUCACGUGGGGCAUCGCCCUCGCCCUCUGCACGCAGCUCGUGCGCGCCGGCGACCCGCUCGCCACCGUCUCCUGGCGCACGGGCAAUGACAAGGUCGACGCCAUCGUCGAGGCCCUGACCGCCGAGGAGAAGGUCUCCCUCGUGCACGGCGCCGUCGACGAGGACGGCAACCAGCAGCAGGCCGGCUACAGCGUCCCCAUCACGUCACAGGGCAUCCCCGCCAUCCGCCUCACGGACGGCGAGGCCGGCAUCAACAUCGUCCAGAACGCCACGGGGUCCCCCACGCAGCUUAACGUCGCGGCCACCUGGUCGCUCAACGCGGCGUACCAGCACGGCGUGGUCACGGGGAAAGAGGCCAAGCUCUUCGACUUGGCGGUGGCGCUGUCGCCCCGCGUCAACAUCCUGCGCGACCCCGUGACGGGCAACUACUGGCAGUCGUACAGCGAGGACCCGUUCCUCAACGCUCGGCUCGGCGUGCAGGGCGUCAAGGGUCUGCAAGACCAGGGCUCCAUGGCCAACGCCAAGCAGAUCGGGCCGUCGUCGACCGGUGCUAGCGCGGGUGACGACAACAGCAUCGUGGACCUGCAGACGCUGCAGGAGCUGUACUGGGUGGCACCCGGCACCCUCCUGCAAGAGGGCAACGCCGCCACGCUCAUGUGCUCGUACGCGCAGGUGAACGGCAUCCCCGCGUGCCAGUACGAGCCGCUGUUCAACACGAUGCGCGACGACUACAACAGCUCGGCCAUCGUCAUGAGCGACUGGGGCGCCACGCACUCGACGGCCGAGAGCCUCAUCGCCGGCAUGGACCUGGAGAUGCCCACGGGCUCGUACUACGACGCGCUCUACGACUACAUCUACGUCUCGCAGAACCUGAGCGAGUCGUACCUGAACCGCGCCGUGGGCCACAUCCUGGCCAAGUACGACGAGUUCGGACUGCUGGGCACCACCACCGAGGGCUCAUCGCCGCUGCCGCAGGACGUCGUGGAGGACCACGCCAAGAUCUCGUACGACAUCGCCGUCAAGUCGGGUAUCCUGCUCAAGAACGACAACGACACGCUGCCGCUCAAGGCCGGCGCGUCCAUCGCCGUCAUCGGCCCCAACGGCGUGCAGUACACGCACGGCACCAACUUCGCCGAGCGCGCGUACGGCAUCCCGGAGCGCCAGGUGUCGACGCUGGAGGCGCUCAAGUCUCGACUGGGCGAGGACGUCGCGAGCGCCGUGGGCCGCUCGGCCAACAUCCAGCUGGCCGUGGACGUCGCCACGGAGGUGGACACGCCCAUCGUGUUCGCGUUCGCCAACAGCCCCGCCGAGACGGGGCUGACGCUGGACGACGGCCUGGACGAGCUGGUGACCAAGGUGGCGGCCGCGAACCCCAACACCGUCGUGGUGCUGAACAACGCGGAGCCCGUGCUCAUGCCGUGGCUGGACGACGUGGCCGCUGUGCUGGAGAUGCUGUACCCGAACCAGGAGGGCGGCUGGGCCACGGCCGACUUGCUGCUGGGCAACAACGUGCCGCAGGGCCGCCUGCCCGUGACGUACCCGGCGAGCCUGGACUCGACCAUGACGCGCAACCCGGACUACCCGGAGCGCGUGGACACGGAGAGCGGCAACGCCACCUUCAGCGAGGGCCUCAACAACGGCUACCGCUGGUACGCGCACACGAACACGAGCGUGCUGUUCCCGUUCGGCUACGGUCUGAGCUACACGUCGUUCGAGUACAGCAACCCCAACUUCGCGGCGUCGGGAUCUGCGCAGCAGCAGCAGAGCUCCAGCGGGCUCAACUAUGAGGUGUCGUGCAGCCCGGACGACGCCGAUGCCGUCUUCAGCGUGUCCUUCACGGUGACCAACACUGGCAGCGUCAAGGGCGUCGAGGUGCCGCAGGUGUACAUUGGGCCUCCGGCCGACGCCGCGACGACGUACCUGGACGCGCAGUUCGCCGCCAUCGCGCUGGUGGGCUUCGCGAACGUGGAGCUGGAGGCCGGCGCCAGCACGACAGUGAGCAUCGGCAUCCGCGAGAAGCAGCUGAGCUUCUACAACGUGAACACCACGAGCUGGGAGCUGGCCAAGGGCGGGCGUCCGGUCUACAUCAGCAAGAACGCCGAGGACGCCGUCUUCAGCGGUCACGUGCAGAUUUAAACGGUUGAGAUCGAGCCGCCUAGUUAUGAGUGGCUAAAGUAUGAGCCAUUGGAAUGAGUUUUGAGAAUAAAAAUGGCUAACGUUACUGUG